GUAAAGGAGGAGGAAAAGUUGAGAAAAAUUCGAGCAAAAGAUGAGCGGGAGAGAAAGAAGAAAGAAAGGGCUGAAAUGAAAAAGCGCAAAGGCCCUGCACGGAAGAAGAAAACAGCUGCAGGUGCACUAUUAGGUAUGUGUGUGCAUGUGAGUUGAUCGUGUAUGCGCACUAUGUAUUAUAAGGCUCCUUUCUGUUACGAAUCGCUUGCUAAUCAGUCUGAGCCUUCUGGCAACGAGGAGUAGAAUUGGGAUGAACUUGCAGGCGACUGGAAUCAGGGAGGAUCGUACGGGCAUUCUUCUUCAGAAUCCGAAACAAGUUUAGCCAACAAUACAAGUAAGUUUACACAUUAUUUUGUAAGCUAUAGUUGCAUGCCUGAGGAGUUCGAUCCACUGAGUACUACAAGAACCCUAUGCGUAUUUUGUGUAUGGAUAAGGAGGACCUUACUGAAUCUGAGAAGAAGGCUACAGGAGAGGGUCAGCAAGCUGAUGCUGCCACGAAACUUCCCACAACUAGGAGUAAGGGUGCACAAAGUGGUACGCAUACUUCAAGUGGUACUAAAGAGGGUCAGCAAGCUGAUGCUGCCACGAAACUUCCCACAACUAGGAGCAAGGGUGCACGAAGUGGUGUACAUACUUCAAGUGGUACUAAAGAGGGUCCGCAAGCUGAUGCUGCCACGAAACUUCCCACAACUAGGAGCAAGGGUGCACGAAGUGGUGUACAUACUUCAAGUGGUACUAAAGAGAGUCAGCAAGCUGAUGCUGCCACGAAACGUCCCACGGACAGGACCUGUACUUUAAGUGAUACUGAAGGUAAGUUUUAAUGCUUUUUUUAGGGUGAUUCAUUGAAUGCAUUACCUAUUUUAUAGAGGAUCAGCAAGCUGGUGUUGCCACGAAACUUCCCACAACUAGGAGCAAGGGUGCACGAAGUGGUGUACAUCAGUGUGGAUUAUAACGGUCGGCAUUCGGCUAAUAACCGACCCAAACACCUGAAAAACCGGUCAGCUUAGCUCUGGGCUGCCACAAUGACCUGCCAGAACUCGAGAUCUAGUUGCGCAUGCGCAUUUGCAUGCUGAUUCAGCAAGCUAAUUAGUUCUCAUUGCAUGCUGAUUCAUCAUAAUUAGCCACGUGAAAAAAAUAGUUAUUGUUUUUGUGAAUAGCUAGCUAGCUAAUUAUGGCAUCAAAGCCCUCUAGCUCUAGCAGUGGACACUCUCAGAAUUCUAAGCAGCCUAAAAGACAAGUGUCUGUUGGAACUUUUAAGAAGUGGCAGCUCCAACAAGAGAAAGAGCACAGCACUCUAUCGUGGCUGCGUUGUACAGAGCAAGACAAGUUUGUAGAUACUUUGUGGUGUGAAACUUGUAGAACAUUCGAAGACAAGAUAUGUGGGACAAAAAACUUCUCUGCUGUCUGGAUUAAAGGAUCAACAAACCAAAAGCUAAGCAAUGUCCUUGAUCAUGCCAAGAGUGAUCAACACAAGCGGUCCAUGUCUGUUAUGCGUAUCCAGCAUGCAAAAGCAACAAAGGCACCACUCAUCGAGUAUGCUCCAAUUGCUCGAAGCUUACUGUCUGGGCCAAUGGACCAAGCAACGAAAGAGAAAAUGGGCAGAAAAUUUGACAUAUGUUAUAUGCUUGCUAAGGAAAACCUAGCUUUCCGUAAAUAUUCACCCAUUCAUCAGUUGGAGAGACGUCAUGGUGUAGAAUUGGGGGAAUCGUAUAUGACCAAGGACUCAGCUCGAUCGUUUACUAAGUACAUAUAGCAAUGACCCAGCGCAAUGAAUUUGUAAACACUAUCCAGUCGAAUCUCCACUUCUUUAGUUUUCUUAUGGAUGGCACUACUGAUGCUGGCAAUGUAGAAGAUGAACUAAUUGGUAUAAUGGGCUUUUGUAAAAAUAAAGCUGAAGUAGGGUCAUUUGUUAGAUUCUUCAGUAUCCAGGUCCCUACAAAAGCCAAUGCAGAUGGGCUAAUUGUGUGUGUUAAGCAAGCUCUAGAACCGUUUGGAAUUGAUAGUGUGCUUGAGAAGGCUGACGUGUUGGCAAGCAGGCCAAUACUAAUUGGUAGUUGCACUGAUGGAGCAUCAGUAAAUAUUGGUCAACGCAACGGUAUGCGAGGAAAAAUGCAACGAGCACUCCCGUGGAUUUUUUGGGGGUGGUGUUAUGCUCACAGGCUGGAGCUGGCUUGUAAAGACUCGUUCACCAGCGGUCUAUUUCAGGGUAUUAGUGACAUGCUACUCCGUCUAUACUACCUAUACUCCAAGUCUCCAAAGAAACUGAGAGAGCUGGCAGAAGUAGUCAGUGACCUGAGAGGAGUGUUUGAAUUCCCAAAGAGUGGUGAUACCCCAAUUCGCUCUGAGGGUAGUCGAUGGAUUUCGCACAAACGCCAGGCAUUGCAGAGGAUUGUUGAUCGCUAUGGUGCGUACAUGGCUCACCUUGAAUCUCUAGCAGAAGAUCGCUCAGUUUCAAGUUCCGACAGAGCUCGUUUAAAAGGAUAUCUGUCGAAGUGGCAGCAAGGCAAGAUACUUAUUGGAUGCUCUAUGUAUGUGGAUGCUUUAAAAGUGCCGUCUAUGCUCAGUAAGGUGCUGCAAGAAGAGAAACUGAACAUUGUUUCUAGUUUACAGAACAUUCUAAAAUCUAAGAAGUCGCUACAGAGCUUAACCGACACUGAUCCCCUACAAUGGCCGACUGUGAAGCUUAUUUGCAAUAGACUAACAGCUGGGAAUGAGUAUCAAGGAGCUACUCUAAAGAACUACAACCAAGCUAUGUUGACAUCAUGCAGAGACCAAGCCUUGGCAGAUGUUCAAAGGCUUGAUUCUAGCAUGCGAGAUGUCAACUUACUUCGAGCAAUACUGACAUUUCUUGAUACCCAAACUUGGCGCGCCCCAGUGGCAGAGGCGGAGGACAAAGCACUCACAGAAGUUCAGAAUGCUGUUGAUGUAAUAGCAACCACAUUCAGAGAACCCCUGGAGGCUGUAGGUGUUCGAAUUCUGGAACUUCAAGACGAAAUAACUGAAGUAUUAGAGUAUUCUCGACAAUAUUUGUCAAUAGAAACAGACGGUUACAAGAGUGUAUGGUACAAGCUCCAUGUUUGCCCAGAUGCUGUCAGAUGGGAAAAUGUCAUUUUGUUGUGUGAGCUAUGUUUUAGCCUCCUUUUUUCUAAUGGGUGCAUAGAGAGAAUGUUCUCGGCUUUGAAACUGGUAAAAACAGAUCGUAGAACACAACUUAGUCAUCAAAUGCUAACUGACAUUCUAGAAAUUUGACUAGAGGGACCUCCACUUAAAGAUUUUUCACCUGACAAAGCUGUGGAAACUUGGUGGAAUGACUCUACACGAAGACCUAAUCAGAGUACUCGCAAGCGGUAUGCUCCUCGUAGCGGUGAGGGCUCAACAAGUACAUCAAUAACAAUUCCUGACGAAGCUGAGUCCGACUCUACCUUGUCACUGGAUGAAUGGGAUUCCUGGUUCGAUAACUAAUAAAUUUUCACCUUUGACCUUAUACUGAUACAUUAAUUAUGUGUAUAAUUAUCUCGAUCCUACAUAAUAACUAUGUGAACGUGUAAUAUAAUUAUCAUUCAUGACAAGAAAAUUAUACGACUAUUAAUCCAUCAAAUGUCUCGGGGCAUCUAAAAUACAAAAACAUUC